CGUUUCUUUCUAAAAUCGCGCAUCCUGCAAUUAUGGAAUAAUCCCGCAUGUUCGUCAACCACUUGCGACCCUUGCUAAGAUAUUUGACAUUUACAUCCAUUCAAACAAUGUUUCCAUGCCUUUGAUUGUCCUUGGUAACCUUAUUUUAUUCUUGUCCUGUGUAUAAAUCCCAUUUAUUUUGAGCAUCUGAGCUGUCGUUUUCAAACCCUAUCCGAGCAUCUCCGCAAUCUAUAUCCUAUGCUUUUAUCCUCUACAGUACCAUCUUUCUUCCCUACCCCCUCAAUAUGUCUACUACUGUGACCCAAGUUCGAACGGCCAAGGUGCCAUCAAAGCAAAGCGCUCUCAAACAUACCCAGAUCAAAAUUGAGGAGCAAGAAGUCUCACCGCUCGACACUCCAGAUAUCCCAUUACCCCCUCCUUCAAAGAAUCUAUCAGAGGUUCUGAGCAUAGACAAAGCAACACCUGACGGUCAUGUCGCACGAGAUCCUAGACUAAUCAGAUUAACUGGCGUUCACCCAUUCAAUGUCGAAGCGCCAUUGACACCACUAUUCCAAGAAGGCUUUUUAACAUCCCCUGAGCUGUUUUACGUACGAAACCACGGACCAGUACCCCAUGUUCGAGACGAAGAGAUUCCCACCUGGGAAAUCAGUAUUGAAGGACUGGUCGAGAACCCAAUCACCCUAACCUUCAAGCAAGUCCUGCAAAACUACGACCAGAUCACUGCACCCAUAACUCUAGUAUGCGCCGGAAACAGACGAAAAGAGCAAAAUACUGUCCGAAAAUCGAAGGGUUUCUCUUGGGGCCCGGCUGGCUUGUCAACUGCACUCUUCACCGGGCCCAUGAUGGCAGAUAUAAUCAAGAGUGCUAAGCCCCUACGGAAGGCGAAGUAUGUCUGUAUGGAGGGUGCUGAUAAACUGCCAAACGGUCAUUACGGAACAUCCGUGAAACUGAACUGGGUCAUGGACCGCAAUAGGGGAAUUAUGCUCGCGCACAAGAUGAACGGUGAAGAUUUGAGACCUGAUCACGGCCGCCCCCUGAGAGCUGUCGUCCCCGGUCAGAUUGGAGGACGCAGUGUCAAGUGGUUGAAGAAGCUCAUUAUCACUGAUGCCCCCAGCGAUAACUGGUACCAUAUCUACGACAACCGGGUUCUACCGACCAUGGUUACUCCCGAUAUGUCGUCCCAAGACCCUUCAUGGUGGCGCGAUGACCGGUAUGCCAUUUAUGACCUGAAUGUCAACUCCGCUGCCGCAUUCCCUCAGCACAAGGAAGUCCUCGACAUCGCCACUGCGAAACCCACCUACACGGCAAAAGGUUAUGCCUACGCUGGUGGCGGGCGAAGAAUCACUCGUGUUGAAAUAUCUCUGGAUAAGGGAAAAUCAUGGCGUCUAGCAAACCUUGAAUACGCCGAAGACAAAUACCGCGACUUCGAGGGCACACUAUACGGUGGCCGAGUCGACAUGUCCUGGCGAGAAACCUGCUUCUGCUGGUCCUUCUGGUCCCUCGGUAUUCCCGUCUCAGAUCUCGAAAGCAGCGAUGCCCUCCUGGUUCGUGCGAUGGACGAGGCACUUAGCCUCCAGCCAAAGGACAUGUAUUGGUCUGUCUUGGGUAUGAUGAACAACCCUUGGUUCCGGGUCUCAAUCACCAAAGAGAACGGGAAAUUGCUCUUUGAACAUCCGACUGACCCUACCGGUCCGGGAGGCUGGAUGGAACGGAUAAAGAAGGCUGGUGGUGACCUGCUAAACGGAAACUGGGGCGAGAGACAAGAAGGCGAAGAGCCUGUUGAGCCUGAGCCCGUGGUGGAGGUCAACAUGAAGAAAAAGGGUGUGAACAGAAUUAUCAACCUUGAGGAGUUCAAGAGUAGAUCGACGGAUGAAUGUCCCUGGUUUGUCGUUAACGGCGAAGUAUAUGACGGCACGGCCUUCCUUGAGGGACAUCCUGGCGGAGCCCAAAGUAUCAUAUCAGCAGCAGGAACAGAUGUUUCUGAGGAGUUCAUGGAAAUCCACAGCGAAACAGCCAAAAAGAUGAUGCCGGACUACCAUAUCGGCUCCCUCGACAAGGCCUCCCUCGAAGCUCUCCAAAAGAGCGACAACGACGACAACACCGACACCACACCGCGCGACACUUUUCUAACCCCCAAAUCCUGGACAAAGGCCACUCUAACCAAGAAGAUGACCGUGUCCUGGGACACCCGCAUCUUCACCCUUUCCCUCGAACACGAGUCCCAGCUCCUCGGUCUCCCAACAGGCCAACACCUAAUGAUCAAAACCCCCGACCCCAAGGCCCCAUCAAGUAGUAUAAUCCGCUCAUACACACCCAUUUCGGAAACAAACCAGCUCGGCGCUGUCGACAUCCUAAUAAAAAUCUACUUUGACGGCCCCGCCGUGCCAGGCGGGAAAAUGACAACCGCGCUCGAACAACUGCCCCUUGGCUCCGUGAUCGAGUGUAAAGGACCGACAGGGCGAUUCGAGUAUCUGGGUUCUGGAAAGGUUCUUGUCAGCGGUAAAGAGCGGACUGUGCGUGAGUUCGUGAUGAUCUGUGGUGGAACGGGCGUUACGCCUGUUUUCCAGGUUCUUAGGGCCGUUAUGCAGGAUAAGCAGGAUGAGACGCGGUGCAUUUUGCUUGAUGGGAAUCGGUUGGAAGAGGACAUUCUUCUUCGUGAAGAGUUGGAUGGCUAUGAGGCUGAGGGUGGCGAGAAGUGUAAGGUUGUGCAUACCCUGACUCAGGGUUCAGACAGCUGGAAGGGGAGGAGGGGUCGUAUAGACGAGAAGUUGAUUAAGGAAUAUGCGGGAACCCCGGAUGAGCAGACGAUGGUUUUGGUUUGUGGGCCUGGUCCGAUGGAGAAGGCUUCUAAGGAGAUCCUCUUGUCGUUGGGGUGGAAGGAGUCGAACCUCCAUUACUUUUAGGUGUGGUUAUUUUGAUUCGUUUUUGGGCGUAAAGCAGGGUCGGUUUGGGUAUUGGUAUGGUAUAUACACGACUAUCAGUUAUUUCAAUAAAGCUGCAAAUUACAUAUUUCAUCAAUCAUGCAUUCAGUGAUCCAUAACACUGACGGUCCUAAGCCGCGUCAAAUCUUCCAAGUGUUUUCAAUCAGUAGUACCUC